ACUGAAAGCUGGUAUAUAGUUUUAGUUCGGUGAUAUAUUUUUGACAUUGCAAGAAAAUUGCAAUUUGAAUUCCUUUCAGAUUGAGAUUUUAUUUUUUCAUGAAAUGAAGUUUUUCGUUUUGUUUUGCGUAUUGACUCUAUUUAAUUUAGCGAAUGCUCGAAUGCGCGAGUACUGCAUUGGCGCUGUUGAAAUUAACUGGAACUAUGCGCCCAAUGGAAACAUGGUGAAUAACAACAGUGAUUUUGACACGUAUCUCAAGCCGGGACAGGACCGUAUAGGAAGUGUGUAUAGGAAAAUAGUAUAUCGGGAAUUCACGGAUGGGAGUUUCACGAAGCAGCGUCCCCAUGCAGCAAGUCUGGGAUACGUUGGCCCAAUCCUGAGGGCCGAGGUUGGAGACACUAUCAAAGUCUACUUCAAGAAUAUGGCGAUGACUGCAGGGCGAAAUUUUAGUGUCCAUCCACACGGAGUCCAGUACAACAAAGAUGCCGAAGGUGCACUUUACGUGGACGCGACGACAGGUUCAGACAAGGCCGAUGACGGUGUAGCUCCCGGGGAGACGUUCACAUAUGUCUGGCGGGUGACGUCCAACUUCGCCCCAACAAGCGACGACUCGCGGUGUCUGGCCUGGGCCUAUCACUCCCACGUGUUCCCGGUCCAGGAUGUAGACAGCGGAUUGGUCGGCGUUCUCAUGACCUGCAAGAAAGGAACGCUUCGUUUUGGCAACACACGCCGUGACAUUGACAAAGAAUUUGUGCUGUACAUGGACCAGACGAACGAAGGACAGAGUUGGCUCCUCUCCCAAAACCUUGACAAAUGUGGCAAUCCUUCCGCAUGCUUGUCCCUCAGCAACAAUAACGAUGGCUCCUUCCAAACGUCCAACUUGCUGUUCCACGUUAACGGCUAUAUGUACGGAAACCUGCCUGGCCUCGAUGUGAGACAGCGUGAUGACGUCGUCUUCCACUUCCUCUCACUGAACACCGGGAUUCAGAGUGCCCACUUCAGCGGACAAGUCCUGACGUUCAGAAACCACAGAGUGGACACGGUCACCUUCUACCCAGCUACGUUUGUAUCAGCUCGUAUGACGCCCAUCAACACAGGCACGUGGCUGCUGUCCAGUAGGAUCGCCGAGGCAUUCGACGGUGGCAUGCACGCAUUCCUGAAUGUCAACCCUCGCAGAGGCUGGCGUGGGAAGAGACAUGUUAGUUUGUUCGAAUCCCCGAGGCUUCCAUGGGGCUACGGCAGAUCCAGGAACAGGAAAUACUAUCUUGCUGCGGAGCUCAUCGAGUGGGAUUAUGGUCCUUCCGGUAAAGAUUUGUUCAAUGGAGGAAAUCUCACUGAUGAUUCUGUAGGCACCGCGAGCCAGUAUUUUACCCGAGGACCAGACCGCAUAGGGGGAGUGUAUCAGAAAGCUGUGUAUGUGGAAUAUACUGAUGAUAGUUUCCGGACGAAGAAACAACGGGAGGAUAACGAGAAACACUUGGGAUUCAUGGGACCUGUCAUUGCAGCCGAGGAAGGGGAGACAAUCGAGAUCGUGUUCCGCAAUAACGCCGAUAGGCAGUACUCAGUAUAUCCACACGGCGUUAUGUUUACAAAAGAAAAUGAAGGUUUCCUUUACAAAAACCCCAAGAGCAAUCAGACGACGGGGAAAGUAGCACAGCCAGGGGAGACAAUCACCUACAAGUUCCGGGUCCCCCAGAUUAUGGGACCUACACGAGAUGACCUCGAGUGUUUGACGCACACGUAUCACUCCGCGGUUGACCCAAUCAGAGACGUGCACUCAGGCCUCCUUGGUCCUCUCCUCGUCUGCAAUAGAGGCCAACUUAAAAAACAAUCGUCUGGGUUCUUGUUCAGAAGGAGACGACCCACCUGGUUCAGUCGUCUGACCCACCUGUACCUUUUGUUCAUGACAGUGGACGAGAACAGGUCAUGGUAUAUUGACCACAACAUCCAGACCUUCACAACGGACCCAGCGUCCGUCAACAAGGAUGACCCUGCCUUCUUCGGCUCAAACCGAAAACAUGCCAUCAAUGGGCGAAUGUUUGGCAACCUGGAGGGUCUGGAGAUGUGCCAGGGGAAUGAAGUUGCCUGGCACAUCAUCGGCUUUGGGGGAUGGUUUGACAUGCACGGGGUGAACUUCAACGGACAAACGCUGGAUUAUCUGGGGACAAAAGUGGAGGGCAAAGAAAUCAUCCCUGGCUCAGCGGUUACUCUGUUGUCAACACCGGAUAAAGUUGGUAAAUGGGCACUUGUAUGCCGGACUAACUUCCAUUUGAAGACAGGGAUGGUUGCUCUGUAUGACGUCAAAUCGUGUGGGGCCCAGCAGAAGCCUUUCGUAGGCAGCAAAACUCGGAAGUACUUCAUUGCUGCAGAGGAGGUAGACUGGGACUACGCUCCGAUCCUGCGAGAUCUCGUGACAGGGGAGAACUUGACAGAUCCUUCUUUGCCAGGAAACUUGUUCGUCAAGGAAGAUGACUUUUUCAUUGGUAGUACCUACAAGAAGGCUGUUUAUCGGGAGUACACAGAUGCAACAUUUAAUACUUGCAAAACCCGCACAACCAAUCAGGAACACCUGGGGGUUCUCGGACCCGUCAUCAGAGGUGAGGUCGGGGAUGUCAUAGAGGUAGUUUUCAAAAAUAAGGCCACCAGACCGUACUCUAUUCAUCCUCAGGGGGUCCGGUACGACAAGGCCAAUGAGGGAUCGCUUUACAACGACGGAACCAGUCAGAAAGGUGACGACGGAGUACUUCCGGGUCAAACAUUCACCUACCGUUGGGAGGUGCCCAGUAGAGCCGGUCCUGGAAAAAAUGACCCUGACUGUAUAUCCUGGAUGUAUUUUUCGUCCGUGGACUCUGUCAAGGACAUGAACAGCGGUUUGGUUGGUCCGUUGAUCAUCUGCAGCACCGGGACUCUGGAUUACGAUGAUACAAGACGCGACGUUGAUCGAGAAUUCGCCAUCCUCUUCUUUGUGUUUGAUGAGAACGACAGCUGGUAUCUCCAAGACAAUGUCAACAGAUUCGCACCGCAAAGAACGGAUCUUGGUGAUGCUGAGUUCCGAGCAAGCAAUUCCAUGAAUUCCAUCAACGGUCGUAUCUAUGGUAACCUGGAUGGUCUGGUCAUGGAUGAAGGGGACUGUGUUGACUGGUUUAUUCUUGGACUUGGAUCAACAUUUGACUAUCAUCCCGUUCAUUUCCACGGACAGACGUUCCUGUUUAGAACGGACAAAGUUCACAGAGGUGACGUUAUUGAGGUAUUCCCGUCGACGACACAGGUGGUGACGAUGCUGACGGACAACCCCGGCACGUGGAUCCUGCAUUGUCACUUCAGUGAGCAUGUGAAGAGCGGCAUGGAAGUAACGUACACCGUUCGCCCAUCGCCACAGUACGCCGGUAGUUACACAGCGUGAGUGAGUUGGGCUUAGCGCCGCAUUUUGUCGUGUCUAUUUAAUGGGGGAGGAAAGUCCGAAGAGACAAUUAAUGUGGCGCCGGAUUUGGCAUCCCAUAAUAUUUCUUACCAUGUGAUGUUUACAUGAAGUGCUAGUUUAGCUGUGAACUAAAAAAUCGUUUUCAUCAUGUUAUCAAGUGUCCCAUACGACAGUAUUCAUAAUUUAAUGUUCUUUCAUGAGCAUAAAAGUGUAUGCGUUUUCAGUAUCUCUCAAAUGCGGGCAAAUGGUCUUUGUUGAGCAUGUUAGAAUAACGAAACCCAUUACAUUUAUUGAGAGAAAAGUAAGUGAGUGAGUUUCAAGCCGUAGUAUUAUGGUAUUACAUCAUCACUGUGGUUUUCAGAAUCUCUCAAAUAUGGGCAAAUGGUCUUUGUUGAGCGUGUAAGAAUUUCGAAAUCCUUUAAUUUAUUAGAGAAAAGUGAGUGAGUGAGUUUCAAGCCGUAGUUUAGUGGUAUUUCAUCAUCACUGUGGUUUUCAGAAUCUCUGAAAAAUGGGCUAAAGGGUCUUUGUUGAGCGUGUAAGAAUUACAAAAUCCUUUAAUUUAUUAGAGAAAAGUGAGUGAGUGAGUGAGUUUCAAGCCGUAGUUUAGUGGUAUUACAUCAUCACUGUUGUUUGAUAUUUCAUUAAAGACAGGUUGUAGAAGAUCUUAAUAUAUGUACAUUGGUUCCCAGUAUAAUAGAAUCACAAGACGAUUGAAUGGAAAACAUCUUCAAGUUACAAGUCAGCUUCUAUCAUUUUCUCAUGAGCUUUCAUUUUAAAUUUUGAAGAUUAUGUUGUCAACAGUUUUAUUACAUAAAUCAUGCUUACUUACUGUUGAGAUAAAAAAAACCUCGAUCUCCCAUAAUCAGAUUUUGAUAAAUUUUAUGAUUAUUAUUUCAUACGUAUUUCUUUAUGAAAUGGACGAUUUAAUCGAAUUUUAUAUAUUAUUAUUGGUGUGAUUGCUUGUCAAGUGUCGUGAAUAUACAUAUCCGUAUUUUGCAAUAUUUUCGAUUUGUGUAAUAUUUAUAUGAUCGAAGAAAAUUCUGUGAUAAUGUUGCAUAUAGAUAUUUCUUUGUUACGAAUGUGUCAUAAUAUAUGUCAUGUAGUUUAUUAUAUGUCUCAUUCCAAAUGUGUUUACAAGAUAU